UUUUUUUUUUUAAAUCGCAAAUGCUCCAAAGCCACAUUCGGUACCGAGGUACCAGAAGCAAUAAUUGUGAUACACCAACCCAGAUGGUCACUGUAUUUAGAAAUCCGUCUAUGGUCAGUGAAUGGAUCUAUCCCUAACGUCUCCUCACCACCUCUCACUAUUCUUUCUCCCAAUCAGGAUGACAGAAAGGCAAAGCCAAGUUUCUGUCUCACUGCCAUGUUUAACAAUGCAAUUUUCCUUGGAUUAAGAAUAAAUUUUGCUGCGGAGGUUGGACAGCUUCCCAUUGUCUGCAUCAGUGGACGAUAGCAACUUGAAAGAGGAAAUCUGUCCCGGUGGAUGGAAACAGUCAGGAAAAAAACCACAGGAACAAAGUGAGGGAUAAAAGAGUGGAAGGAGGAAGAACCUAGCUGUGAUCUACAGAGAAAGGCAUACCAUGAGGGGGCCUAAGUAGACAGUGCGGAAGAUGGGGAAAUAAAUACAGAGAUCAACAAAGGGCAUCGUUUGCAAGAGGGAGAGGUGUAAGGGACACAGAAGUAAAGCUACACAAAAGCAAGAAGGAACGACUCUCUCUAACUAGUGCCACCAUUUAAAAGGGAUUUUCUCCUUGCUCUUGUUUCCGAUGGCAACAGAUGCCCGUUGGUCCUUGCCUUGAUGUUCUGGGUUCCUGUUCUCUGGGAACCUCUGAUUUCUGACUGCUCACUACGUGUGGCAAUCAACUAGAGGACAGGGUAAGCUACAGACUUGGUGGAAAAUAAGCGCUCUUCAUGUUCGCUGAGCACACUGGAGAAGGUGGGCAGGAGGAAGAUGUGCAAGGGACUCUUUCCAUCCGUUCUCUAGACAUUUGGCUCAAAGGAAGUCUCUUGUGGACUCCCUCUUCUAUGUUUGCAGAUCACCUGGCGCUUCAAACAUGGAGAAGGGACUUUUCCAGCUUAUUGCCCUCGCUGGCCCUGCUCGGUGUCAAAGCCCAGCUUACCUACUGUGCCUAAAACAGUACUUGCCGUUGGCACAGAGAACUUUCGAUGUUGGGACAGUUAAGUCAGCGGCUCUCCCGAUGAACCACAGGGAUUAGCAAUAUCCCAGCAUAGAUGAUUUAUUGGAGUCUUAGUGGGUGGUGGGUCUUCAGUGUGUCCCUACUCUCCAGCGGUUUCCUUGGAACUGGACCUUAAUAAUUGAGGAGCAAAUGGAUACCCACCCCAAUAAACAAAAGGUAGCCAGGCAGUACCCUUCACGUUGAGCAAUUGUGUUUGCUCUAGCAGAGUUCAAGAUGCUGGGACACAUGGGCCGUGAUGACAGUGGGCGUGUCUAACUCGAGACCCCUUUCCACAGUAGCCUGUGAGCUCGUGGUACCCGAUGUAGGGAUUGGGAAGCAAGUGACCGAUCCUCCCGGGGCCUCUUCCGCUCCCACUUGGACCACCCGAUCUAAGCGGAAAUCUCUUGCCUUUCCUUUACACCGUCAUUCGGCUCUGCAGGCUGAGAGCUGAGGCUGGUGGGGUCACUGGGCGGACAGACUUCACAGGGCUCCUGAUAAGCGGUCCAGUGUAUAAAAGCACUCACUUCGGGACUGCUUUAGGCUUGGAACAAGGAGAGGAGGCAGGCUCGACAAAGAUUCGUUCCUUACUCGAGCCAACCCACCAGGCGCUUAAAGGCUUUUCAGGCCGGAUAAUCGAGCUCUUUGGAGGGACAGUCACAGUGGCCACCCCCCAAUAAAUCAUAAGUAACGAAUCAGCGAAAUCGAGCGACCUAUUGAGGUCCACGGUUCUUGUGGUAACGCAGAAUCGAUUCGCUUCCUUGGCGCCGUCUCUUCUAGCUCUCCUUCCUACUCUGCCCGGGGCCCGGAGCCGCUGGGGACCGGAGAGCGAGCGCUGGGUGGAGCCGAGGGCGACAGUCGGAGUGGGCUGGCACCAGCCACCUUCGCGCUCGCCGGCCCCUCCGCGGCCGCGAGGGAGGCGCACCGGCGGCGAAAAGGCGCGCGUCCUCUCUCGACUCCUCGCUUCCUAUUGCGUCGGGGCCUCUCGAAUUCGGCUAGUUAUUGUGUCUCUGGCUCGGCGCCCGAGUUCGUGUCUCGGGCUGCUCUCCCCGCCCCGGACUGCGUUCCAUUCUUCUCCGCCCGAGCACGCUGAGCGCGCCAGCCUCGGCCACAGCCAAGCCCCGAGGCCACCGUGCGUUUCCCGCGAGGUUUCUCCCCUCCCGCCGACCGAGCGAGCGACAGGGCUGUGGUCCCCCUCCCCUCCCUUCCCUCCCUCCCUCCCAUCCCCCCCUCCCCGAGACCCACCGGACCCCGAAGCCAGGUAAGCGGACGCCGACUCGCGCUUGCCUCCUUGCUACCUCGUAAGCGUCUAGGGCUGGCGACCGGGACCCGUUCACCUUUCCCCGCAGACCCCAAUGGGAGCCGGGAGCCCCGGCCUGGCCUGCCGCCCGCGUCCCUUCCCGCCCCGCCAGCCGCUGUCCAAGCUCGCCCGGUCCGCCUUUCUUUCUCUCGUUCCCGGUCUCUCUCUCUUUUUUUUUCCUUUCCUCCCUUCCAAGAUGGCCGAAGUGGAUUCCCCCUCUUAACGAUUUGGAGUCUCCCUCGACCACCUCCUCUUUGUGCAGCAGCCCCCUGCUAAGACCCUGCUUGCGAGGCAGGAAACAGCCUCCAGGAUCCAGUCCGGCUGUCGCGUCGCCUGAUCCUGUUCAAGUUGAAGGCUUGGGAGGGUGACACUUCCCAAAUCUCCUCAGUCCUGACCCCGGCAUCAUGCAUCGGACCACACGGAUUAAAAUCACGGAGCUGAACCCUCACCUCAUGUGUGCCCUCUGUGGGGGCUAUUUUAUUGAUGCCACCACCAUUGUGGAAUGCUUACAUUCCUUCUGCAAAACCUGCAUCGUACGCUACUUGGAGACCAACAAAUACUGCCCCAUGUGUGACGUCCAGGUCCAUAAAACUCGACCACUGCUGAGCAUCAGAUCAGACAAAACCCUCCAGGACAUUGUCUACAAGUUGGUGCCUGGGCUUUUUAAAGAUGAAAUGAAACGGCGACGGGACUUCUAUGCAGCAUACCCCCUGACAGAGGUCCCCAACGGCUCCAACGAGGACCGAGGCGAGGUCCUGGAACAGGAGAAGGGGGCUCUGGGUGACGACGAGAUUGUCAGUCUUUCCAUUGAGUUCUACGAAGGCGUCAGGGACCGAGAGGAGAAGAAGAACCUCACGGAGAAUGGAGAUGGGGACAAGGAGAAGACAGGAGUGCGAUUCCUGCGGUGCCCAGCAGCCAUGACCGUCAUGCACCUGGCAAAGUUCCUCCGCAACAAAAUGGAUGUGCCCAGCAAGUACAAGGUGGAGAUCCUCUAUGAAGAUGAGCCCCUGAAGGAAUACUACACCUUAAUGGACAUUGCGUACAUCUACCCCUGGCGAAGGAAUGGGCCUCUCCCCCUCAAGUACCGUGUCCAGCCAGCCUGCAAGCGGCUCACCCUGCCCACGGUGCCAACCCCCUCAGAAGGCACCAACACCAGCGGGGCAUCAGAGUGUGAGUCAGUCAGCGACAAGGCUCCCAGCCCUGCCACCCUUCCGGCCACCUCCUCCUCCUUGCCCAGCCCUGCGACCCCAUCCCAUGGCUCUCCCAGCUCCCACGGCCCCCCAGCUACCCAUCCUACUUCCCCCACUCCACCUUCAACUGCCGCUGGGACCACCACAGCUACCAAUGGGGGCACUUCGAACUGCCUGCAAACGCCAUCCUCCACCAGCAGGGGGCGCAAGAUGACUGUUAAUGGCGCUCCUUGCCCCCCUUGAGGAAAGGGACCCUCUCCUUCCGCAGCCAUCUUUUCCCUCCUUUUUACUUUUUCUGGGCCCCCUUUUCCACUUUUGACUUUCCCUGGUUCCUCCCAUUUUCAGAGUGGGAGGUGGGUUUUAUAAAUAAAUCUAUAUAUAUAUAAAUAUAUAUAUGUACAUAGGAAAAACCAAAUAUACAUACUUAUUUUCUAUGGACCAACCAGAUUAAUUUAAAUGCCACAGGAAACUCGUGUGUGUGUGUGUGUGUGUGUGUAUGUGUGUGUAUGGGUGGGGGUGUCUAGGUCUAGGGGGUCUUUGUAGUUCACUCUGCUCUUCUUGGGGGGUGUAUCUGGUGGUCUUAAGGGGCCAUUGGAAGUAUUAAUGUCCUUCCCUAUGUCCCUUCUGCUUUCCAGGGCAGAGGGCGUGUUGGGUCCCCUAGCCCUAGCUGACUAGUGGGUCCAUCUUGGCUGUUCCCCAUACCUGUCCAAACCCCCACCCCCACCCCCCCGUUGUUGAAUGUUCAGAGUUGCUGAGACAGUCAGUGCCUUUCACAAAUGCAGUCUGUGUCCUCUGGCAGUGAGGACCAAGUGGCUGUGAAGAAGGCAUUUCCCUCACCUCCUCAGACAGUGGAAGCCCCCCCCCCAACCCUCCAUCCCUACCCUCCUGUGGGAGACCUGGCCCUAUAAAGUCUAUAUGUGACUUUGGCAUGGUGAACACUUCAUUUUCUCCUGUCCUACCCCAACCCAAGAACGCAAUCUAGCAAGACUGGAGGUGACACUCACUGGGGGCCUAGAGUAGAGGGUGGCCCCAGACAAGCACAGACUCCAGUUCUGCCAAAAGCCAACAGCCCUCCAGUCCACUGCCUCACCCCCCAGCUGAGGCCAGGCAGGGAUAGGACAGAGGCAUCUAGAAGCACAAGAAAAUAAAAGAAUGAGCUGACCCCAACUCUACCUGGUGGACCACCUAUUAGGGGCAGACCUUGCUCUCGCCUGCUCUUCCUCAAGUGUACAUAGAUUUGGGGGGAGGGUGGGGGGGAAAGAGGACAGGGUGUUGGCUUAGUGUGUGAGGUUCUGAGCCCAUGGGUCUGUUUGCACCACGUCCUGAGUCUGAGGUCCUGUGACUGUACCCUCCUGUCCUAGGUCAUUUAUAUCUCUUGGCUUUGUAAUAAAUGCUGUGUACACUCUCAA